AUGCACGCCGCCUCCGUCUUCCGUCGGACUCUGCUGCUCUGCUGGCUGGCUGCCCCGCGGCCUGCCCAGCCCGAAACACUGUUCCACAGCCGGGACCACUCGGACCUGGAGCUAACCCCCCUGCGCCGGGCCAAGCCCAUCGCCGACCUCCGUGCUGCCCAGCGCUUCCUGUCCAAGUACGGCUGGGCCGAGGCGCUCCCGGGUUCGGGGGCUCGGGGCCCAGCGCUGCGGGCCCCCAGCCCCGGCGGCGCCGCCCUGGCGGAGGCCGUGCGCGCCUUCCAGCGCGCCCUCGGGCUGCCGGCCUCCGGGGCGCUGGACGCGGCCACGCUGCGCGCCAUGAACCGGCCGCGCUGCGGGGAGCCCGAUGCCCCCGCGCCCCGAGCCCGCCGCCGGCGCUCCCCGCAGCCCCAGGGCCAGCCCGGCCGCGCGCGCAGCCAGGCCUUCGCCAAGACGACGCUGAAGUGGAGGCUGGUCAGCGAGGGCUACAGCGGGCAGCUCUCGGCGGACGAGCAGAGGCACAUCCUCCAGUUAGCCUUCCGGAUGUGGAGCGAGGUGAUGCCGCUGGAGUUUGAGGAGGAUCUCAGCGGCCCCGGAGCGCUGGUCGACAUAAAACUGGGCUUUGGAAGAGGCCGGCAUCUGGGCUGCCCUCGGGCGUUUGAUGGGAGUGGGCAGGAGUUUGCACACGCCUGGAGCCUGGGCGAUAUUCACUUUGAUGACGAUGAACACUUCACUCCUCCCACCAGUGAUGCUGGCAUCAGCCUGCUCAAAGUGGCAGUCCAUGAAAUUGGCCAUGUCCUCGGCUUGCCUCACACCUACAGGACAGGAUCAAUAAUGCAGCCAAAUUACAUCCCCCAGGAGCCUGCCUUUGAAUUGGACUGGUCAGACAGAAAGGCCAUUCAAAAGCUGUAUGGUUCAUGUGAAGGCUCAUUUGAUACUGUGUUUGACUGGAUUCGCAAAGAGAGAAACCAAUAUGGAGAACUGAUGCUAAGAUUUAGCACGUAUUUUUUCCGCAACAGCUGGUAUUGGCUCUAUGAAAAUCGAAAUAACAGAACACGCUACGGGGAUCCUAUCCAAAUCCUCACUGGCUGGCACGGGAUCCCAACACAAAACUUAGAUGCUUUUGUCCACAUCUGGACAUGGAGAAGAGAUGAACGUUAUUUUUUUAAAGGAAAUCAAUAUUGGAGGUAUGACAGUGACAAGGAUCAGGCCCACACAGAAGAUGAACAAGGCAAAAGUUACCCCAAACUGAUUUCAGAAGGAUUUCCUGGCAUCCCAAGUCCCCUGGACACAGCCUUUUAUGAUCGAAGAAAGCAGCUAAUUUACUUCUUCAAGGAGUCCUUAGUGUUUGCAUUUGACAUCAACACAAAUCAAGUACUUAAUUCUUACCCAAGGAAGAUUAUCAAAGUUUUCCCAGCAAUAAUUCCCCAAAACCAUCCAUUCAGAAAUAUUGAUUCAGCUUACUACUCCUAUGCACACAACUCCCUUUUCUUUUUCAAAGGCAACACAUACUGGAAAGUAGUUAAUGACAAGGACAAACAACAGAAUUCCUGGCUUCCUUCUAAUGGAUUAUUUCCAAAAAAGUCUAUCUCAGGGAAGUGGUUUGAUGUUUGUGAUGUCCAUACCUCCACACUGAACAUGUAA